AUGACAGCUCCAGCUGCUGCAUUGGGAGUUCCUGGUAGAGAAGCUUUUGCCAGUUCGAUGAUCUACAGAGGUGACACUCGGAGGCGGCGAGCAAAACUUUUGGCAGCCUCCAGGGAGAAGGAAAGGCGUGUUCCCGACCUCGAUCUCUCCGCAGCAGCCACUGAGGCUGGACGCUUCGAAGCUCCGCUUUCCCCCCUGGGGCGUGUGAGAUUUGCGGCCGCCGCCAACCGACGAGGAGGCUGGCAACGAGCAGCAGGUCCCUCUGGAGGAGGCGGGAGCGGCUGCAGAGCCGCAGCGCCGAGGCGCCGCUUCUGCCAGGCAAGAGGAGAGCGGAGCUGCCCAGUGCAGCCCGAAAGCGAGCGAGCUGCCCUGCCCACUCCCCUCGCCGACGAUCAGUCGCUGAAGGGCGCAUCCACCGGAGCGCUGCCGCGCGCCCUGCCAGAUCCCUCACCAGCGCUGCAAGCGAACCCCUCCAAGCCGAGCUGGGCGAGAGCUGGGCAGCUCAUCUCGGGUGCCGCGGCUGCCAUCUGCCCGCCUCGGAGAGGCCAAGUGCUGCUGUGGAGCCCGCCGGUCCUCACCCGCGCUCCCUCUCCAAAUCCAGGAGGUGCAAAGGACCAGCUGGCGCACUCAGCCUUGGCUGGAGGCACGAUGGGCUGGAGAGAUCCAGAGGAGCCUUCUUUGAUGAACAGCGCGCGCUCCCCUGGACUGAAGGACGUGCUCCCGGCCGGCGUGCCCCCGCUGCAAGGGUUAUUGCUGCUGCUUCUCUCGCUGCUGGUCGCCAUCCACGUGGCGAAGCUUUUGGCGCACAAACGGCUGCGACGGAGGAGGCUGGAGCCGCCGGGUCCCUUCCCAUGGCCUCUGCUCGGUAACGCGGCUCAACUAGGUAGUGCCCCUCACCUGGCCUUUGGGCGCCUGGCGGCCACGUACGGCAACGUCUUCCAGCUGCGCCUGGGCAGCUGGCCCGUGGUGGUGCUGAGCGGCGAGCGAGCCAUCCGCGAGGCCCUCAUCCGCCAGGGAGCAGCUUUUGCGGGCCGCCCUCGGUUCCCGUCCUUCCAGCUGGUCUCCGGCGGGCGCAGCUUGGCCUUCGGCGGCUACUCGGAGCUAUGGAAGCUGCAGCGGCGCCUGGCGCACUCAACCAUGCGCGCGUUUUCGGCGCGCCGCCUCCUGGAGGAGCCCCUGCUGGCCGAGGCACGCACGGUGGUGUGGCUCCUUGCGGGCGCCUGCGCAGGCGGCGCCUUCGUCGACCCGUCGAGGAGCCUGGUGGUGGCGGUGGCCAACGUCAUGAGCGCGCUGUGCUUCGGCCGCCGCUACAGUCAUGCCGACGCCGAGUUCCGGCGCCUGGUGGGUCGGAACGAGCAGUUCGGGCGCACGGUGGGCGCGGGCAGCCUGGUCGACGUGCUGCCCUGGCUGCAGUGCUUCCCCAACCCGGUGCGCUCCGCGUUCCGCGCCUUCCGGGCCCUCAACCACGAGUUCUACAGCUUCGUGCGCCAAAAGUUCGAGUGGCACCAGAGCAGCCUGCGGCCCGGUGACACCGUCCGCGACCUCAUGGACGCCUUCAUCCGCCUCCAGCAGGCGCAACCUGGCCUGCCGGUGGAGCACGUGCCGGCCACCGUCACGGACAUCUUCGGGGCUAGCCAGGACACCCUCUCAACCGCCCUGCAGUGGCUCUUGAUCUUUCUCAUCAGGUACCCCGAGGUGCAGUCUAAGCUGCAAGAAGAAAUAGACAAGGUGGUUGGCAGAGACCGUUUGCCGUGUGCUGAGGACCAGCCCCAUUUGCCUUAUGUCAUGGCUUUCCUAUAUGAAUCCAUGCGCUUUAGCAGCUUCGUACCGGUUACCAUUCCGCACGCCACCACCGUGGACACCACCUUAAUGGGCUAUCACAUCCCCAAAGAUACAGUGGUGUUUGUCAAUCAAUGGUCAGUGAAUCACGACCCAGUGAAGUGGCCUGCCCCAGAAGAUUUCAAUCCAGGAAGGUUCCUGGAUGAGAAUGGAUUGCUUAACAAAGACCUCACUAGCAGUGUGAUGAUUUUUUCUGUGGGAAAACGUAGGUGUAUUGGGGAAGAGCUAUCCAAAGUGCAGCUCUUCCUUUUUAUUGCCAUCUUGGUGCACCAGUGCAAUUUCACCGCUAACCCAAAAGAGGAUUCCAAAAUGGAUUUUACCUAUGGCUUGAGUAUAAAACCAAAGCCAUUUACACUCAAUGUCACACUUCGAGAUACGAUGGAUUUACUGGAUAACACUGUACAGGGACUUCAGGCAGAGAAAGGUUCUGAAAAUUGCCUCCCGCAUAUAUAG